UGUUCCUGAGCCAUAGAGAUGGCACAAAAGACCAUGACACUGGGCUGGGUGGCUGCCAUCUUGUUGCUACAGAUGGCGCUUGCACAACGCCCCAGAUGGACCCUGAAUGGCAGGCCCCGCGUAUUCUCAGACCUGAGUGUUUAUGAGAUCAGGAUUGUGCAGGACUUCCUGAUGAACAGAAAGGAGCUGCAGCUACAGCCAUCUGAGACACCAGCUUUGGGCAAGAACUCAGUGUACCUCAUAGAAAUGCUGCUACCCGAUAAGGAGGAUGUGCUGGAUUUUCUGGACAAAGGAAAAAGGAAUCCUGUGCGGGAAGCCCGUGUCGUCAUCUUCUUUGGUGCUCAGGAGCACCCUAAAGUCACUGAGUUUGCUGUUGGGCCCAUGCCAACACCAAUCUACAUGCGAGAAAUAGCCCCCGGGCCUGGGCACAAUCCAUCCUGGGCAUCUAGACCCAUUUCCAAAGCAGAGUACAGCCUCAUCCACCGUGUCCUGACAGAAGCCACCAAGCCUCUGCAUCAGUUCUUCCUUGACAUCACUGACUACUCACUAGACGACCAUACUGAGGAAGGCCUGAUCUUCACGUAUAUGGCCCCCCAUAGCACAAAGUCUAGCAAGCGCUAUAGCUGGUUCAUAUUGCAACGCUAUAUGGCGAACCACUCCCUGCAGCCCACAGGCCUGGAGAUCCUUCUGGAUCAUGGGAGCACAGAUGUGCAGUACUGGGAAGUGAAGCAGCUCUGUUAUAAUGGGAAGCUCUACAACAGCACAGAGGAACUGGCUCAGAAAUACGCAGAUGGAGAAGUGAGUGCCAUGGUUCUCAUGGACUCGGUUGGCAAGGACACAGAGAAGCCCCUAGUCUUCUCUUCCUCCAAUAUCCCAGAGGAGGCCAUCAGCACGGCUAGACCCAGAGUGUCUGAGCCCCAUGUUCCUGGCUAUAGCGUAGAGGACAACACCGUAUUCUACAGAGAUUGGAUCUUCUCCUUCCGGCUAAGACCCUCCUCUGGCCUGCAGAUCCUGAACGUGCAUUUCCAGGGUGUGCGUAUUGCAUAUGAAGUCAGUGUACAAGAGACUGUGGCACAGUUCGGAGGACAUAUAUCUGCAGGCACUCGGGCCAAGUACAUGGAUGUGGGCUGGGGUCCUGGCAGUGCUACUCGCCAAUUAGCUGCUGGCAUUGAUUGUCCAGACACAGCCACCUUCCUCGAAGUCAUUCAUCACUAUGACACCGACAAACCAGUCUCCUAUCCACAAGCUCUCUGUCUCUUUGAGAUGCCAGCAGAAAUGCCAAUUGGACACCACUUUAACUCCAACUUUAGAGAAGACUUUGACUCUAGUGCAGGGACAGAUGGACACAUGCUGGUGCUACGGACAAUCUCAACAGUCCACCACUAUGAUUAUAUUUGGGACUUCAUUUUCUACCCUAAUGGGUCAAUGGAGGCAAAGAUGCGAGCCACUGGUUUGGUCCAUGCCACCUUCUACCUGCCUGAGGAGAUGCGCUACAUCUCUCAGUCACAGACCCAUCUAUUCAGCAACACCCACACCCACCUUGUACAUUAUCGUAUUGACCUGGAUGUAGCAGGCACCCAGAACAGCUUCCAGACACUGCAGACCGUUCCGGAAAGCACCACCAACUCUGAGAAGCUGAGCUCUCACGGACUUGCAAAUACCCUAAAGCAAACAAAUUACAGCCAGGAGCACCAGGCAGCCUUCCACUUUGGAAAGCCGCUUCCCAAUUACCUAAUCUUUAGCAACCUCCAUAGAACCCAUGUGGGCCACAGGAGCAGGUACUGCCUGCAGAUCUACUCCAAACUCCAUCAGGUGCAACUGCCAGACUGGCAAAAGAAGCGAGGUAUCUCUUGGGCCAGGUACCCCUUGGCUGUGACUGAGUACCAAGACUCUGAGAAGUGCAGCAGCAGCAUCUACAGACAAAAUAAUCUUCGGAAUCCCCCCGUGGUCUUCAAGGAUUUUAUUCAGAAUGAUGCAAACAUUGAAGAUAAGGAUUUGGUGGCCUGGGUCACAGCGGGCUUCCGCAACAUGCCCCAUCCUGAGGAUAGUACCAACACGACCACACCUGAGAGCUCUGUGGGCUUUGUGCUCUGGCCCUUCGACCUCCAUGGCUUCUAG